CUCACCUGCACACCGCCUGCGCCUCCGCCGACCACCGUGCAUUCGUCAAUGCUCCCGCGCAUGUCGUUCUCCGCGCCCACCAUCGAUCAAUCGACCCUCACUGCAUCCAACAAACCUGCGCUAAGCAGAGCCACAACCACCGAUUCGAGCUGAGUGAACCAGAACCAGAGCUGGAGCCGGAGCCAGAGCUCUCUCGCGCCGCCUUUCCACCUACACCACUACCACUGUACUCCGUCGCGUGCCCCGCGCGCAUUCACACCUACACCCACCUCUACGCAGCCUCCUCUCGAACGCCCUCGCCAUGGCCCAACGGAAGCUGCAGCAGGAGAUCGACAAGGAGUUCAAGAAAGUCGCCGAAGGAGUGCAGCUGUUUGAGAGCAUCUACGAAAAGCUCACUCAGUCGACAAAUUCGUCGCAGAAGGAGAAGCUGGAGGACUCGCUCAAAAAGGAGAUCAAGAAGCUGCAGCGGAGUCGAGACAAAAUCAAGGGCUGGGCGAGUCAAAAUGAUAUCAAGGACAAGAAGCCGCUGCAAGAUCAGCGGAAGCUCAUCGAGACGCAAAUGGAAAAGUUCAAAGCCGUCGAGAAGGAGAUGAAGACGAAGGCUUUCUCGAAGGAGGGCCUUAAUGCGGCCGCCAAGCUGGAUCCCAAGGAAAAAGAGAAGAACGACGUGUGCAAUUUCUUGCAGGAAAUGCUGGACGAGUUGGAACGCCAAAUAGAAGCGCUGGAAGCCGAAGCCGAAUCGCUGCAGGCGGGCCUGAAGAAGGGCAAGAAAGACUCGGGCAAAUCUGAUCGCACGGCCGCGCUCGAGUCGAGAGUGGAAACGCACAAGUGGCAUAUCAGCAAAUUGGAGCUGUUACUGCGGUCUGUGGAGAAUGAUGGCAUUGGACCAGAGGAGGUCAAGGAGCUGGAGACGGACAUCAAGUACUACGUGGAAACGAAUCAGGAAAUGGACUUUAUGGAAGACGAAGGCCUGUACGACGCGCUCAAUCUCGAAGAGGAAGAAGGCUUGUAUGGCAUGCCCACAGAAAACGACAAAGUGUCCAGUCAGGAUACUCAGAGCAUACAAGACGAGCCUCCCGAUGCAGAAGAUGGAUCACAACCCAAGAAGCCCGCCACGAAAUCCAAAUCCACAUCGGAAACCACGACAAGACGCCCCAGUGUGCAGCUGAAGUCGACAUCACAACCUCUACCUCCGCUGGCGACAUUACAAAGUACACCGAGCAACUCGAGUAGCAAGGCGGCAGAAUCCAUGAAGCCAGCACCCUUGCCGACGAUACCUACAGGCCAACCUUUGAAAUACGCUUCCGCCGCCGCCGCUGCAGCAGCGAGCGAUAGGAACGGUGUCGGGAUAGCACCGCUGCCUCCGCCACCCGGAGGAAUGAGGACCAGCGCAGCAUCAUCACCAGCCGUAACGGUAGCACAACCAGUAGCGCCUUCGCCUGCCAAGCCUGCAGAACCGGUGCCCGUCAAAGUGCCCGAACAGCCCGCGAGGCAGCUUGCACUUGAGCCAAAGUCGAGCGAAGCAGAACCGGUCGCAUCAUCUCAGGCAUCGAAGGUGCCGUCUAUCAAACCCUCCCCGCAAGUGUCAAAGGCGCAACCUACACCAGAGCCGCCUUUGUCGAAGCUUCCACAGCCGCCGAGCCCAGAUUCUGGCAUAUCUGGUCUUGCUUCAACGCGAGGUGAAGUGGAAGACGACGAGGAAGAGUCGGUAUACCACUUGCCGUCGUCGCUCGCUGAUCUUCUGGAGUCGUUUGAAGAGACCAAGCAGCGAGCCAAGUCCGAUCAAGCGUUUGACCAGGAUAUGCUCAAUGCUUCUCGAUUGAGUUGUCCCACGCCAAUGGAUGCCGAGAGUCCAAACCACUACCGGCCCCAAAAUCCAUACGCCUACACACCACCGCAUUAUCCGCAAGAGCCUCUUGGGAUAUUUGACGAUCACAGACUGUACAGCCGUAUAGACCAGGAUUCGCUUUUCUACGCGUUCUACUAUCGCCAAGGCACAUACCAACAAUACCUUGCAGCUAAGGCGCUGAAAGGCCAAAGCUGGCGGUUCCACAAGCAAUACCAAACAUGGUUCCAGCGUCACGAAGAACCGAAGAACAUCACCGAGGAAUUUGAGCAAGGCACGUAUCGGUUCUUCGACUACGAGUCCACUUGGAUGAAUAGGAGAAAAGCGGAUUUCAAGUUUGCUUAUAAGUUCUUAGAGGACGAUAUCUGAACAACGCACCCGCUGCCAUUGAUCAGCAUUUCAGUUCUCUUUCGGAAGUAUCACAGUAGCUCCACACUCCUCGCUCUUCUUGGAGCACUACAGAAGGAAUCAAAUACCGUCACCGUCUGGUGACCAUUUUGGGCACUUGUCUUGAGAGAUCUUUCCGUCGUCGGUAGUUCUGCUGCUACUGUUCAGUUUCCC